AUGGUGAAUCUGCUCUCAGGAGGUGCAGAUGCUUCCGUUAACUUAUGGGAUUUGGAUAGUCGUGGAGCAAACUUAAGUCAUCUUCAUAGAUCCACUGCAUCCCUUUCCAGAUCCACAAACACAGAGGCACACACUCGUAUGUUGACAUCGAUGUCAGUAUAUCCCUUCGAUCCCACCCCAUCGACAAUCUUGACUACUUCUCACGACACGACUCUUAAAAUUUCUUCACUCGGUCAAUCAGAAAUUACGCCAGUUCACACUUUCACUCUCAAUCGCAUACCAUACUCUCAUUCCUUGUCAUCUAACCCGGCAAAUCACCUUAUCAUUGGUGUUGGAACAUCUGAUAAGGCCGUUCGAUUGCUCGACCUUCGCUCCGGACACUCCAUCCACUCUUUACCUGGACACACAGGCGCGGUUUUAUCUGUUGAAUGGGCCCCCCAUAAUGGGCAUCUCAUUGCAUCUGCUUCAAAAGAUAAUCGUUGUCUAAUAUUUGACAUUCGCCGUGGCAGUCGAAAGUCUGCCGUCGCCUCAUUAGAUAUGGAUGAUGCCAUCGGAGUUGUCGCACCCCGCACUGCCCCGCGUACGUUCGAAGCUCGCGAUCCCUUCACAAAGGAUUCUCGUGCUCACAAUGGCGCCGUUACUGGCAUACGCUGGAGUCCACUUGGCAACUACAUUAUCACCUCUGGCCAAGAUUCCCGCUUACGCGUCUGGGAUGCAAACACUGGCGCAAAUACGCUCAUGCAUUUUGGUCCAAGGAUCCGCAAUAGCGCAUCGCUGCACUUAGUUGAACGUGCACCUCUCAUUAUUCCCGACCACGACCUUACCUUCCCAGAGACUGGGCCUAUUUUCAUCUGGCCAAACUAUUCUGACCCUGACGACCGCGGCGAGAUAUUCUUUUUCGGCCUCCGUGGGGAGGGUGAGCAUAUCCUGCAUCUAAAGGUGCCCGGCGUACCGUCACGCGAGAGAAUGCGUGCCAUUGGUAAACCUUCGGCUCUAACUGCGGCGCGCAUAAAUGCACUCGCCUGGCGAGGAAACGGUGGAUCUGGGGAGGGGUUGGAGUUGUUUUCGGCGCACGGAGAUGGGAAAAUACGUUGUUGGGCUUCGAGAGUGGAGGAGGAAGAUGAGGAAGAAGAGGAGGAACAAGAAAAUGAAGAGGAGGAUAGAAAAAGGAAGCGAGAGGUCCUUGAGGAUAUAUAUAGAGAGCUGAUGCAACCAGGGGUGCGAUUUACCUGA